AUGGGAUGCACCUCGUCCAAGUCAAGCAACAUGAUCGUAUUGGACCCUCGCCAAUUGAAGAGGAGUCCCUCUGGUCAUCAUCUCCAAUUUGAACUACCAACUUCACCCUCGGCCGUUCAUGGAGGGCCGAUUAUCGAGGAGCUCUCAAGUGAGGAAGCGUCGCAUGAUUUCAAUAAGCGACAAAAAAGGCUACCAUUGACAGAGCCGCCCACAACUGACACUUCACAUGUCGAGGAUGAUGAGAGUCGGCUGAUGCGAGUUAAAUCGUGGCGAAGUGAGGAUUUCGCAGACUGUGUUUCAGCGACUUCUGAAUCACAGCUCAAAAAUGGAGAAGUGGUAACGCCGAAAGUGCUGCCUGCUAUCCCCACUUUGGACCCCGCCACUCAGAAACUGUUGAACGCCGCGAUGGAAUCACAAAAGAAGAUUCUCUAUUAUCUUUCCCCAGAGGGUAUGGGAGAGUUCAAGCCUAAUGGCAAGGUCGGUCCAGUGGUGUUGAUGGUCGUACCACAGACGAGCGAUGCCCCGCAAGGAGCAGCGGAUUGGAAACUAAUCGGGACAGCGUGCUGCAAAGCUCUCACAGAUGAGGAAGUAGCACGAGAAAUGGAGAAGGUCAAGGCAUGGAUGGAUGGCUAUAAGGCGCUAUUCGCUAAGGAACCCACACAGUGGUAUCUCAACGGCAUGAUUUUCGAUCGCACAAUAGCGUUAGACUUGAUCGACCAGCAGAACAAGGUGUGGUUAAAGAAGAAGGGCUUGAAGGCCAGUAAAGCAACAUCGAAGAAUUACAAAGUCGUGACGAAAUAA